CCUCUUUAGUUCCUACAAAUCACAUACGGCUCAGAGAGCGGAAACCAGGAGAGGAGGCGCAGCAAAGCCUGAGAGCCGAUACCAGAUCGCAGGACAAUGGCGGACAGCAAGGCGGUGACGAUCCGGACAAGGAAGUUCAUGACCAAUCGCCUUCUCUCCAGGAAGCAAUUCAUCAUUGACGUUCUACAUCCUGGAAGACCGAAUGUUUCCAAGGUGGAGUUGAAGGAUAAAUUGGCUAGGAUGUAUGAGGUGAAAGAUCCAAAUGCCAUCUUUGUUUUCAAGUUCCGGACUCAUUUUGGAGGAGGCAAGUCUACUGGGUUUGGUUUGAUUUAUGAUUCCGUUGAGAAUGCAAAGAAAUAUGAGCCAAAGUACAGGCUCAUCAGGAACGGUCUGGACACAAAGGUGGAGAAGUCUAGGAAGCAGUUGAAGGAGAGGAAGAAUAGAGCUAUGAAGAUCCGUGGUGUAAAGAAGACCAAGGCUGGAGAUGCUGCAAAGGGUGGGAAGAAGAAGUGAGAUAUGAUGCCAGAAGUGGAGGAGUCUUCUUCUACAGAUUUCUUCAUACAAUUUUCAUUUUUACUGUUUUUGUUUUUCCUGCUGCUUAGUUGAACCUUAACUGUUAUCGCUUCAGAAACUGAAUCUAGUUCUCAAUUGAUUGUUGAAACUUGUUUCUCACCAGCUGCAGUAUAUGUUUCUUCCAUAA